AUGUAUUAUUAUGCUAGACAAGAUAAUCUUUGGUUAAAAAAUAUUGGUUGGCCACUUUUACGUGGUAUAGCUCGGUUUUGGUCUAGUCGAAUAACAAACACAACUAAUGUGACAUAUCCAAUAAAUAAAGUAAUGCCUGUUGAUGAAUGGUGUGAUAAUGAACAAACAAAAUGUGGUGAUAUUGUUGUUAAUAGUGUAAUACAAACAAAUGCAGUAGCUGCUGUAUCAUUAAUAUUUGCUACAUAA